AUGCCCCGUGAGAACUUCUCACCGAAGCACGUUGAUCCUGUGAACUUCCACAACGACGAUGACGAAGACGAAGAAGAAUUCGAUCUCUUAAAAGUGAUGAAUGAUAUGAAGGUGCACGAACGCCGUAAUGUGUAUGCUCUGAAAGGUUUACUUAAUGAAUACAAAAGUGUACGGGCGAAGUUCCGUGAAGAGCUCAGCCGGCUUGAGGUGGAGCAUCUGCGUGACGCCCAGCAUUUCCACGAUAUUCGCGCUGCCAUCGUGUGUGGAACGCGCGACAUCACUGAUGAGGAAAUAGCUGCUGCCCAGGCAUCGUUGGCGGCUGAGACGACGUCUUCUGGUGUUCGUGCAAUUUCCUCCAGCGAUGAAGAACCCGACGCGGGUGAUGCAAAGCGGGAUGAAAAUAAAGCCGGAAAGAAGUCCGUUCGUGUGGUGUCUCCUCAGGAAGAUCCCGGCCGCCUCGAGAAGGCUGCUGCCGCACCUGAUGGCGGCAUUCCUGACUUUUGGCUCACAGCCAUGUGCAACGCCGAGGUGUUGGACUCAACCAUUACGGAGCGAGAUCGCCCAGCGCUAAGUCACCUGCAAGACAUUCAGUUAGAGCACAUUGAUGGGGAUCCACAUAAAGGAGUUCGUAUUAACUUCCACUUCUCACCGAAUGAGUACUUUACCAACGAGGUCCUUAGCAAAACAUACCGGAUGGCCUUUGAUGAAGACAGUGGUGAAGUAGAGAUUGAUUCCAUGAGCGCCACUCCCGUUGACUGGAAGUCGCGUGAGAAGAACCUUACCGUUAUCCUUAAGAAAAAGAAACAACGACACAAGACCAAGAGGGAGAUUCGUGUGGUGACGCGCGAGGAGAAAUGCCCGUCGUUUUUCAAUUUUUUCACCAACCCUCUGGGCGGCGAGGACGAGGACGAGGACGAGGACGGGGACGGAAAAGAGGAUGAAAAAAGGGAUGAAAAGGAAAAGGGAAAGAAAACUGACGACGAUGACGAUGACGAUGAUGAUGAUGAAGAAGAGACGGCAGAGUUGCACAUUGAAUUGGGGCAGGUGUUGAUGGAGGAACUCGUGCCAAAGGCCGCCUUCUACUAUACAGGUAAGUCCGUUGAGGAAACGGCACUGGCACUCAUAAAGAAAUUUAGCGUUGAAUCAGAUGACGAAGACGGGGACGAAGAUGAUGACAGUGAUGACGGAAGCGACAUCGGUGGUAAAUCAUCUAAGAAACCCGCACCCAGUGGUGGUAAAACUAAUCAGCCGGAGUGCCAGCAGCAGUAA